UCCGUUCCGUUCCGCCUCCCCGUCGCCACUCGCCAAACCAGACCCGCCCACCUCCCUUUUAAGCGCAGCUACCCUUUUCCCCGUGCACCCUCCUCUCCGCCGCGCUCCCCCUUCCGCCUCCACCCAGCUCGUUUCCGCUUGUUCGCGUGCGUGCGUGCGUGUGGGGUGAAUGGGUGACCUGGGAGGUGGAGACCGGCGGGAGGCGGCGGCCGAGGAGGACCCGGCGGCGGCGCCGGCGCCGGCCGGAGCCGGGCCCGACCACCUGGUGGUCAUGGUCCACGGGAUCGUCGGGAGCACAGCAGAUUGGAAGUUUGGAGCAGAGCAGUUUGAUAAGUUGCUCUCCGACAAAGUCAUAGUUCAUUGUAGCAACCGCAACAUGCGCAAGCUUACUUUAGAUGGCAUUGAUGUGAUGGGUGAACGAUUGGCACAAGAGGUUAUUGAAGAAAUCAACAGAAGACCAUAUAUCAAAAAGAUAUCUUUUGUUGCACACUCAGUUGGAGGAUUGGUUGCUAGAUAUGCUAUUGGAAGACUCUAUAGACCGCCUAAACAAACAUCAGAAAAUGCUCCGCAAAGUUUGAGUGACAACAACAGAGGUACAAUACAUGGACUUGAGGCAGUGAACUUCAUAACCGUUGCAUCACCGCAUCUUGGUUCCAGAGGAAAUAAGCAGGUUCCUUUCCUUUUUGGAGUUACUGCAAUUGAAAAUUUUGCAUGCUGCAUCAUUCAUUUGAUAUUUGGAAGAACUGGCAAACAUCUCUUUCUUACUGAUUAUGAUGAUGGAAAGCCUCCAUUGCUGCAACGCAUGGUGGACAAUUGGGGUGACCUGCAGUUCAUGUCUGCUUUGCAAGCAUUUAGACGACGAGUUGCAUACUCCAAUGCUUGUUAUGAUCAUAUUGUUGGGUGGAGGACAUCAUCCAUCAGACAAGAUUCGGAAUUACCCAAGUGGGUUGAUUCAACAAACAAGAUCUACCCACAUAUUGUAUAUGAGGAGCUAUCCAAAGCAGAAGCUCCUAAUCAAUGUGUGGACACGGACAACUGCACACUAGAAGAACGUCUUUUAAGAGGACUUAAGCGUGUGUCAUGGGAAAAGGUGGAUGUUAGCUUCCACAACAGCAAAGUAAGAUCUGCAGCACAUAGUGUGAUUCAGGUGAAGGAUCCUGUGAUGCAUUGCGAAGGUGCCGAUGUCAUACAGCAUAUGAUUGACCAUUUUACUCUCUAGUAACCCGGGUCUCUGGAAACAGACGUAAACCAGGAUACAUUUGCUAACUGCUGAGUCGCCGAACCUGACAUGUUUAUGGAAAUACCAGGCAUCAAAGAUUCAAGUCACUGAUGGAAGUAAAUAGAGGGGGAAAACACUCGUUGUCAUGUUAAGACUAUCCUUGUCAUUAUAAAUGUUUAGCAUUUAUUUAGUGGUGUUCUUGAUACGGCGUGCGUGUAUUUUAGAAGACAUGCUGCAGAUAUGAUGUGUAUAUGUGUUUAAAAAAAAGGAGCUGUUGCAUGGAUACAACGGAAAUGCUGAUUUCACUUCGAGAAAUAUGAUUGUACAUGCAACAAGGCAAUUUAAAAAUCAGAUUCAUUGGUGACA